UGUUCAGUGAGUAAAACUUAAAGUGGCAGAUGAAUAUUGGCGCAAAACAAAAAUAACAAAAACAAAUUGCCAAAGAAUAUAACAAUAACAACAAAUGAUGGUAUAUUGGUGAUUUUGGCAAACAGCAACAAAACAAAUUUUCCUUAAGCAACUUCGGGGCUCAAAUUUUCCUUAAUAUAACUAUUUUUGUUUGCUGUUGAGCCUAGUUUUGCUGUUAAUAGUUUAAUCGUCUCCAUUGUCUAAUGUCUUUAGAAUUAAGUGAUCAUAAUUAAAUAAAGUGCAAAAAUGUUGAAUUUAAAUUGUGUGAUCUGUGCGGAACUCUUUACCCAGUCCGAUGACGUACAUGUAACCACUUGUGGGCACAUGUUUCACUUUCUCUGUCUGAAGCAGUGGUUGGAAAGAUCAAAAACCUGUCCCCAGUGCCGUAAUAAAUGUUCUGAUCGCAAUAUAUUUCGCGUUUAUUUCAAUUUAGCCAAUUUGGAUGUCAGUCGUAUUGAUGUUGGUUCACUGCAGGAUCAGUUGGACAAUGCAAAUCUACAAUUGAAAAUGAAAGAGAAAGAAUUGAACAAAGCAGAAGAACAAAUCAAAAGUGCCAAGGAAACACAGAAGAAAUGCAUGAAAACAAUUGCCGGCUUAGAAAAAGAAGUGAAAAGCAACAAUUUUGUCGUGCUCAAUUAUGUUGAAAAGAUUAAAGUCUUACAAAACCAAGUCAAAACUAUGGAUAGCCUUCGAGAUGAGGUGACUAGUUUGAAAGCACAAAUUGAAUCAUUAAAUGGUAUCAACACACUACUUACAGCUUCAACGGCUGAUGCCGAGAAACUACUCAAAACUGAAAGUGAUCCAAAGGUAUUAUCUGUGUGUAUAGCAACGUUAAAGAGAGAAUUGCGAGUUUGUGAACACAAAAAGGCGGAUAUCCGCAAUCAAUUAAAAGCCGUUCAAAAUGACUUACGCAAAGAACGUGAUAUUAACAAAAGUCAUGAAGAGCGCAUAUCCCAACUUGAAAGCGAAAACUACAAUCUUUUGGAAAAGAUAAAGUCAUUAGAGGCUACUGGCAGCUCCAAAGAAUCAAAAUCCAACUCCAAUGGUUUGGAUAAUUUGCACAAAACUCCGUUUGGUAAAGUGAAAGAAGAAAAACGCUAUACCAUAUCUCCUACCAUCAAAGAGAAUAUAAAAAAGAUUGAGGAAUCCUCAUCCCCGUAUCUUAAUAUCAAAUCUAGUAGCGUGGGUUUGGUGCCGCUCUUCAAGCGUAAUCUCGACAAUCCCGCAAAACCACCCGAAGUUGGACCCAAAGUGACAACAGCCAAGAUAACAACGCUUAAAAUUUCGCCUAGCAAAACAGCGGGUGCUGUGCGAAAAGCCAAAAGUGAUUUGGGUGAAAAAUACUCAAUAUUUAAGAAACCACGAAUGGGACUGUCGGCAGCGGCUGGCGCUGGUGCCAAAACAUCUUCAAUGAAACCAUUGGGACCUAAUUUUGUAUUUAAUGGUUUUGGUGGCUCUGAGCGUGUAGAUCCCUUCGCGGAAAAUUCCGACGAUAGUGACGUAAUAGAGAUUGAUCCGAAGGCAUCAGAAACCGAGAGCACAGUACCUUCCACAAAACUAAGCAUUCACAAUCGUCUUAAAACUGGGGGAUUACGCAAUUUUAAACUGACCAAAUAACUAGGAAUUUUUAUCAUAUUUUCUUUUUUGUAACAAAUAAAAAUACUUAUUUUGUUUCUUAUAGAAAUAUUUAUAGUUUUUUAAGUAGAAAAUCUCAUAAAUAAAAUUAUAUUAGUUUUUGAAAAAAAAUUGCCCAAU